UUUCGUUCGAAAAUCACAAAAACAAAAAUGGAUUGUUUUGUUGAGGGAAUUUGUGAUAAAAUGUGCCCAGAAAAUGAGGUAAAACUGAGAAUCCGGGAAAUGCUUGUGCAUUUCUAUGAGAAAAACCCCAAAACCGGGAGGGUUGAAAAAGGGCGAAUGGUGAAGGCAUUUGCCAGAUCAGCUGCAGGAAAAGAGACCACAGCUCGGGAUUUGAGGACUUUUGGGGCACUGAGAAUGACCGUAGCCUACCUCUUAACUGAGAUCUUCCCGGAUGAGAGGAAAGCCUUCCAUUUUGUCUAUGAUUUCAUCUUUGACCGUCUCAGGGCUGUCCGGCAAGAGAUUGUGCAGCAAAAUCUCAGUCCUAGAGACACUCUGAUUCUCAUAGAACCCAUGAUCUACUUCAUGGUGGUCAGCAGAUACAAGUUAUGCGAGGAAUCCCUUGAAAACUUCGACCCAAAGAUCUGCAGGCAGCACACAAUGGAAUGCAUCCAAACAGCCCUGAAGUGCUACGACGAACUUCCAGAUCGUCCAAAUCGCCAGGUAAUUGAAUCAAUAUACUUACUGAUGAAUCUAGGAAAUCAGGCUGCUCUAGCUCGAGCACUGUCCCUUCCGGGGCUUGCAAGUUCGUCAGGAAUCUUCCUGACUUCCCUGAAAAUGUCCCUAUUUUGCUGGAGAAACAACUACUAUCGCAUCCUGACAAUAUGGAGCGAAUUGCCGACAAUUUGUUGCAUUGCUGCAGCGGAAACGAUUCCGGAAAUCCGUGGGAAACUCUUGGCGACAUUUGCCGUAGGUUUUCACAGCAAACAGCUAACAGUACCUCUGACCUGGCUGCAGAGAAUACUCAGAUACGGUGACAGGAGUCAGACAGAGAGAGAUCUGAGGCGAUUCGGUGUAGAAAUCAAUGGGACUGAUGCGAGAUUUGAUAAGACGAUGUUUGAAAAACGUGAGAAGUCUUUUCAUUCCCGGGAAGCUAUUGUUGAGGCUAAAUUGUUGACACAUCCAGUCACAUUUCCAAUUUAGCACUUGCACUUCAUCAUAAAUAAGAUGCAAUUGAUGCCGAUUAAAAAAAGAAGCAAGAAUAAUGCGUCUGAGAGAGACAAAGAAGAAAGGGAAAAUCAUUUUUUUCUAUGUACUGGGCUUCAUUGUGAAUAAUUUAAAGAAAAAAUAAUUUUUGAAUUCUUAAUCUUAAGAAAAGCUCUAGAAGACUGCAAUAAAAUUAUUAUAUUUUUUUUAAAUACCUGAGACAGA